AUGAGUCAUUCGAAAUGUCGAUCCGUCAAUAACUUUCACGCUUCCGUCAGCAACGCGGAGCUCGACAAUCAAUUAAAAGAAUUUUGGCGAUUAGAGGAUGCACAAGCAUUACUCAGCAAGCCGCUAUCACCAGACGAGCGCCGGUGCUCUGAACACUUCGCAAAGAACGUAGCACGCGAUACAAGUGGGCGUUUCGUCGUCAAGCUUCCGGUCAUACGCGAAAAAUUAAACUUGAUCGGAGAAUCGCGCGCCACAGCCCUCCGUCGUUUUUACUGCGUCGAAAGGAGGCUAAAUCGCGAUCCUAAAUUAAAAGCAUCAUAUAUACAGUUCAUGCAUGAAUAUGCCGCGUUAGGGCAUAUGAAGUUAAUGCGCGAGGCAAUCGAAACAAAUGGCAUUCCGCCCUAUUACCUCCCGCAUCACCCUGUCAUAAAGGGUACGAACGAAGCCGCGAAGAUACGGGUGGUUUUCGAUGGAUCGUGCAAGGGAUCAUUAGGCAGUUCCUUGAAUGACGCUCUUUUAAUCGGUCCGGUAGUCCAACAAGACUUAAUUUCAAUCGUAAUACGAUUUCGUACCCUGCGCUACGUCUUCUGUGCAGACAUCAUAAAAAUGUACAGACAGAUUGUAGUCCACGAAUCGCAGCGGCAUCUGCAAAGAAUAUUUUGGCGGGCAGACCCAUUGGGAAAGGUGCUCGUAUACGAACUCGCAACCGUAACCUACGGCACUUCAUCUGCGUCUUUUCUGGCUACAAGAUGCCUUACAUAUCUCGCGGAAUUGGAGGCGCAUAAUUUUCCCACCGGGUCCAAACACGUUAUCAACGACUUUUACGUCGACGACUGUUUGUCCGGGGCAGAUUCUUUGGCUCACGCAAAAUUAAUUAGGGACGAAAUCAUAGCCUUGCUUCAAAAGGGAUCGUUCCAGUUGAGCAAAUGGGCAUCAAACUCGUCCGAGCUUCUCGAAUCUGGCCGACACGAUACCUGUAGGUUAAUUGAAUUCGACAAAAAUCCGGAGUCCCGCAUCCUAGGCAUCCGAUGGAAUCCCACAAGCGACUACUUUCAUUUUUAUGUCACGACACCCUCACUUUCCAACUCUGUCACGAAGCGCACAAUUUUAUCGGAAGUAUCCCGGCUUUUUGACCCUCUCGGGCUGCUGGACCCCGUCAUAGUGAUCGGCAAGCUCAUUAUUCAAGAGCUGUGGCAACUAAAUGUAAGUUGGGACGAAACAAUUCCCUCUACCACUCACACUAAAUGGUCGCGACUCAAAAAUCAGUUGAGUAUCCUCAAUGAUCUCCAAAUACCGCGACUCACAAAAUUCACCACGAGCUCAAAACGCCUUCAAAUUCACGGGUUCUGCGACGCCAGUCAGAUAGCGUAUGGCGCGUGCAUAUACAUACGCAGCGAAGUCGGCGACCGCACGUAUCGUACCGAGCUCCUAUGCUCACGGUCUCGCGUCGCGCCUUUAAAAGCGGUCUCGCUUCCGCGUCUUGAGUUAUGCUCUGCGCUGUUACUGGCUCAACUUUAUGAGAAGGUCCGCUCUUCAAUAGACAUUUCACAGAUACCUUCAUUCAUGUGGUCGGAUUCCACGAUUGCGCUACAUUGGAUUUCUUCCUGUUCCCGCAAAUGGUCCGUCUUUGUGGCCAACAGGGUAGGAGAAAUCCAGCGUACUACCAACAUCGCCGAUUGGCGGCAUGUAUCUUCUGAAAACAACCCUGCUGACAUUCUGUCUCGCGGGGCGGAGCCUCAAGAGCUCCUAUCGUCAUUCUUGUGGUGGCACGGCCCUGAGUUUUUGCAACAUUGCGAAUCAUCGUGGCCCCUUUCAAACUCUCAACCUCCGGAGGCUGAUAUACCUGAGCAAGUCAAAAAUGUUCACGUAACAGUUGCAGCACUGAAUUGCCCCAUAAACAAAUUGCUCAAUAGAUUCUCAGACCUUAACCUGAUAUGUAGAAUUAUCGCUUACUGUCUCAGGAUUUCUAAGCAUCACAAAUCAAAAUACACCUGCACGAGCCAAUUAAUCUCAGCAGGUGAAAUUCAAGCGGCGCUCCGCGCACUGUGUGUACACGUGCAAGGCGAGGCUUUUUCAAAUGAAUUGAAAUCCUUACGUAUAAACGGCAUGGUCGGUUCCGCGAGCAAUAUGCUGCCCCUAUCUCCGUUUCUAGAUUCGGACGGUUUGAUACGCGUGGGAGGGAGGCUAACAAAUUCUCAACUACCAUACUCCGCGCGUCAUCCCAUCGUUUUGCCAAAACAUAGCCGGCUCACUCACCUCAUAGUCGAGUUCGAACAUAAUCGCAACUUGCAUGCCGGAGUGCAAGGCACGAUCGCUGCCGUUCGACAGCGCUUCUGGCCCCUGUCACUAAGAUCUGUCACUCGUCACAUAAUUCGAAAGUGCAUACCCUGCUUUAAGGUCAAGCCAGCCUCGUCGGAGGCAAUAAUGGGGGAUCUCCCGGCAAAUAGAGUCAGGCCCUCGAGACCAUUUUCUUACGCCGGUGUUGAUUACGCCGGUCCAAUUUUUAUCCGCGAGGGCAAAAGGCGCAACGCUCGAAAUAUUAAAGCUUAUAUAGCCGUGUUUGUAUGUUUCGCGACCAAGGCGGUGCAUCUCGAGCUCGUUGGAGACCUAACCACGGACGCCUUCCUCGGCGCUCUCAAGCGAUUUCUGUCCCGACGCGGAAAAGCCAUAACCCUCUACUCCGACAACGGCACCGCCUUCGUUGGCGCAGCUCGCGAAUUAAAAGAGAUACAUCAGUUUCUCUCGCAGGACGACGUUCAGUCGGACAUUAGAAAAUUCCUGUUGGAAUCGCAUAUUUCCUGGGAAUUUAUUCCUCCCAAUGCCCCGCAUUUCGGUGGGCUUUGGGAGGCGGCCGUCAAAUCGGCAAAGCAUCACAUGUAUCGUAUUAUAGGCAACGCACACCUGUCCUACGAAGAAAUGCUAACAUUGUUAUGUGAGAUUGAGGCAAUAUUAAACUCGCGACCAAUAACGCCGCUAUCAGCGGACCCCAACGACAUUAAUUGCUUAACACCAGGGCAUUUCCUGAUCGGCGGGGAAUUGAACAGUUUUCCUCGUCUAGACGUCACCGACGUGAACGAGAAUCGUCUCAGUAGAUGGCAACGGGUGGAGUUACUGCGUCAAAAUUUUUGGAAGCGCUGGAGCACUGAAUAUUUGUCUCAAUUACAGCAAAAGUCAAAGUGGAUAUCUAGCAAGGGUGCUCAGUUGCAGGCAGGUCAACUCGUGUUAAUCAAGCAUCAAGGGUUGGCCCCGCUUUUAUGGAAGACGGGCCGAAUUCAAGAUCUGCACACCGGCUCCGAUGGUGUGACUAGAUCGGCUACCGUGAAAACCUCCAAUGGUGUACUAACGCGUCCCUUGUCCAAGCUGUGCAUCCUACCAAUAGAGAGCUAA